AUGGCGGGCAGCGAAGUGGCACGCAGACCGGUGCAGAUAGCAGAGUUCAAGACGGCGGUGCGCGAGCUGUCGCAGCAGGAGCUGGCGGCGGCGCGGCAAGCGCUGGAGGCACGGGCGCGGCAGCUGGCGCGGACGAGCGAGCGGCUGGCGCGGCACGUGCAGGAGCUGGAGCAGCAGGAGGGCGAAGGCGGGAACCUGGCGCUGUUCCGGACGUCGCUGCGCGAAAACGAGGUGGUGCUCGGCAACUGCCGGGAGCGGCUGGAAGCGGUGGGGCUGGAGGAGGAGUUUCGCGGCUACGCGGGCGCGACAGCCGCCGACGGGCGGCCACAAAAGCAGGCGCGGGCGCAUAACUAG